UGCACUAUGGUAUGAACAUAUUGACCUAUGACCUCAAUAUUUUAUUGCGUUGAACUUUUAAAACGUGAAACUGUUACCGGCUGCUCUUGCUGGUCAGAUCUAUAACCUUGAUCUUUUUUCAUGAUGACCACCCACAGGAGUAAUUAAUUAGCUUACUGAAAGUGUAAUAAGGAAGUUAUGUGGUGUUAAAUUUCAAACUAAAACAAUACAAGCACCAUUUUUUAACAGAAUGAACGCAACAUUUCGGAUCGUACAAACAAUUUACAUAAUUCUGUGUUUAUUCCAAUUUUAUCAUCUUUAGGUACAGAUAAGAUGUAAAUACUUACUACAGUAUUGGCUUCGCUUGUUUAAUUGGUGAAAUAAUAAUGGACUGUAGCGACCAGAAAAUUCGCACUCAAAAUCCGCGUGGAAAAGCGGGCCUCUUUAACAUACUUUUAUUCAAGUAUGCGUUUAAUAUUAUUUAUACUGGAACACGAAGGAAUUUGAACAUGGACGAUAUAUACGAAGUUUUGCCCAACUUCGAAGCGAGCCAGUUGUACAGUCGCAUGAAUCAAGAGUGGCAAAAGGAAUUGAAAACGUCAAAAAAUCCAUCAAUUUUCAAAAUUUUUCUUCGUAUGUUUGGUUGGGAAUUUGCUCUAUGGGGAAUUGGCAUUUUCAUCGCUGUACUAUUUAUUGGAGACAUGGCACAUACGAUCGUAAUGGGAAAAUUCAUGACGUACUUUGAACCUGGAACUAAUGUUACUCUAAAGGAAGCUUUGUUAUACGCAUCGGGUUUAAUAGGGGCAAAGGUAGUAGUACAGCUCUAUGAUAACACGUACCUCCUAGCGGUAUGGUCAAUUGGUCUUCGAAUGCAAAUAGCGUGUAAUACCAUGGUAUACAGAAAGUGCCUCAGGCUCAAUUCAAAAAAUCAAAAUAAUCAUGGAAGAGCAGUGACGAUUAUUACCAAGGAUAUCGCCCAACUUUUGACGGUUGCAGAUUGUGCACAUAUGCUUCUCAUCGGCUUCCCCAAAUUUUUUGUGAUGCUAUACAUUAUGUAUACCUAUAUUGGUGUUUCUGCCCUAGCCGGCGCUGCGAUUGUGAUGGCAACUGUGCCGGUAAAUGCGCUCUUGGGAAUACUCAUCUCAAAAUAUCGACUGAAAACUGCGGCUCAAACUGAUCAAAGGGUGAAGAUCACUCAAGAAAUGCUAACAGCAAUGCGAAUAAUUAAAAUGCAUACCUGGGAAAAGUUCUUCUCGAACACAAUCGAUAAGCGUCGCGGCAAAGAAAUGAAGAUCUUGAGAAUAGUGUAUUACCUAAAAGCGGUCGUCUUUGCGAUCGGCCAACUCUCCUACCGGUUCGCAUUUUACGUUUGCGUUCUUACCUACGUUGCUUUAGGCAACCACGUCACGGCGGAGAAGGCCUUUGUGAUUAUCGGAUGUUUUGGGGCAUUUGAAUCUCUUCUCACCGACUACAUGCCGAAUGGCAUACCGCAAAUGGCCGAGUAUAAGGCGUCCUUACUACGAAUAACAAACUUCCUUAUGCUCGAAGAGGUUCCAACUCCACUCAGUGGGGAUAUACACAACUCAAUAGAUCGAACGAUUGAUCUCAAAGGUGCUACUGUCACCACUGAAGGUGCCACAGUCUUGGCUGGUAUAAGUUUAAAUGUUUCCGGCGGGUUAACGGUCGUGGCUGGCCCAACGGGUUCAGGUAAGUCUACGUUGCUGAAACUGUUGCUACACGAUGUACCUGCAAAUAGUGGCGAAGUUAACGUUUGCGGCAAAGUAUCUUAUGCGUCCCAAGAACCGUGGAUAUUUCCUUCCACAAUACGCCAAAACAUAACCUUCGGCGAGUCAUUCAAUGAGAAAAGGUAUCAAAGGGUAAUUGAAGUAUGCGCUUUGAUACACGAUUUUAAUGCACUGCCGAAUGGAGAUCAAACAUUUGUGUCAGAUCGUGGGCUAAACUUAAGCCGAGGGCAAAAAGUCAGAAUCAACCUAGCUCGAGCCAUUUAUAAGGAAGCAGAUAUUUAUUUACUGGACGACUGCUUAUCUUCUGUAGAUGGACGCGUUGGUAAACAUAUUUUCCAUGAGUGCAUCAAGGGAUUUCUGAAAAACUUUGUGUGCGUACUCGUCAUAAAUAACCCGCUUCCUUUGGAAGAUAGUGACAACGUGAUUGUUUUGAACAAAGGACGCUUAGAAUUCCACGGUACCUUCAACAACUUUAAAGAGUGGAACAAUCAGGAGGUUAAGUUAGAGCUUAACUGGGAUGCCUUAUACGAAUCGCAAAAUUCAGAAAAAAAUGAAGCACAAGCGUUAGUUCCAAAUGAGGCAUGCUCUGCCAACGUUUAUGAGGAGUUCAACAAAGAAGGAAAGGUUAAAAAGUCCGUCUAUUAUGCGUAUUACCUCUGUGGAGGAGGUUGGAAAAUAUUCCUUAUAGUUGCCAUUUGCUCCAUCGCAGCUCAUGCCGCGGCCAGCUGGACGGAUUAUUUCGUCAGUUUUUGGGUUGACAUGGAACAAGAGCUUUCUGCUUUUCGCAUGAACCAAACGACGAAUUUACCCGAAUACAGAAAUUUAGAAAGCAGGUAUGAGAUAAUAAUGACAACAUACUCACUUGUAAUGCUCGCUGCUGCUGUCUUUACUGUUUUACAAGCGCUCACAUUUUAUUUUUUCACCAUUAAAGCAUCGAUUAAAAUACAUAAGACGGUUAUAGGAAAAAUAAUAAACGCAUUUAUGACAUUUUUCGAUAAUCACUUGUCGGGAAAUGUUCUCAAUCGGCUCUCACGCGAUGUAACGAUAAUCGACGAGCAAAUGCCUUGCGUCAUGUUGGAUUCCCUAAAGGUUAUCCUGUCAAUGUAUGGUGUACUGAUAAUAAUCACGUCUGUUAAUUGGUACUUCAUAAUACCAUCUAUUAUACUAACUGCAGUUGUAUACCAAACACGGCGAAUGUAUAUGAACACUGGUCGGUGCUUGAAAAGAUUGGAAGGAGCUGCAAGAAGUCCAUUAAUAGGCCACCUGACUGCUACUCUAGAAGGGCUAACGACAAUGCGGGCAAGUAACGCUCAAGCAAGACUGUCGAACGAAUUUGAAAGACAUCAAGAUUUGUACAGUUCGGCGCUUUAUAUGAACCUGGCGACAUCCAGAGCCUUUGGAUUUUAUUUAGACGCAACUGGCACUAUAUACAGCAGUAUAAUAAUUUUCUCAUUCUUGAUUUUAAAAACAGACACACGCGCUGGAUUAGUGGGACUGGCCAUAUCGCAGUCUUUUUCCUUACUUGGUUUGCUGAAAUGGGCUGCUCGACAAUGGGCUGAGCUAGAAACACAGAUGACGUCGACGGAACGACUUCUUGAAUAUAGGGAUAGAAUCGUCGAAGUUCCCUACGGGAAAAUACCAGACAGUUGGCCAAGCACCGGAGCUAUUAAAUACGAAGGUGUCACUUUACGGUAUUCGAGUUGUGGGAAGACAGCGUUAAAGGAUCUAAACUUUCACAUUGGAUCCAAAGAAAAAGUCGGUAUUGUUGGAAGAACCGGUGCUGGAAAAACGUCAAUCAUUUCGACGUUAUUUCGACUGUAUGAUUACGAAGGGAAUAUUUUUAUUGACGGUAUAGACAUUAAAUCAAUACCGAUCAAUUAUCUUCGAUCUAAAUUGUCGAUCAUACCGCAAGAUCCUGUGCUUUUUUCGGGUACAGUCAGAACCAACUUAGAUCCGUAUUGCGAAUUCUUAGAUGAGGUACUGUGGGAUGCUUUAGAAGAAGUGGGGAUGAAAAAUGCAUUUGCAAAUUUGGAUGCCGAAAUUAUGACAGGAGGAACAGGGUUAAGUGUUGGAGAAAAACAACUCUUUUGCUUGGCAAGAGCCAUCUUGCAUAAUAACUCCAUUUUGGUGCUGGACGAGGCGACUGCUAAUAUCGAUCCGGAAACCGACACUCUUAUUCAGAAGACAAUCAAACAAAAGUUUACAAAUUGCACUGUAGUCACCAUCGCCCACAAACUUCGAACGGUGAUAGAUUCGGACAGUAUUAUUGUUAUGGACGGGGGUGUGAUAUGCCAAUUUGGACCACCCAAGAGUUUACUAGAAGAUGAAGAAGGUUUAUUUUAUCGUAUAGCUCAACAAGCUAGAUUGGUUAGUUGAUGGUUGGGGAAAUGGUUAUUAUAGUUAAUUAUUUGUGAGUCUAAAAUUAAGUUCCUCUGCUAGAAAUACAAAUUCCGUUUUUGGAAACAUUAUUGGAUGUUAAAACUUAACAACGCACAUUAAAAUCUAAGACGUAA